CAGUCGAAGCAAGCAAUGAUUACACACACAGGGUGCAGCGCGCACAAACUGGUCUCUGCUGCUGCAGCUGCAUCAAUCUGAAGUCACUCAGAAUGUCGAGCUGCGAGUUUGAAUCGCUGGAGAAGAUUCUGGAGGAUCAUCUCCCACAGGCCGAGCUGGCGGAGGUGAAGCGCCUUUUGUUCGGGAAGGAAACAAAGAGGUUGGAGGUCCCGCUGUCUGCUUUGGAAUCUGCCUCAGAACGACGCUUUGAGCUGAAGGGUUAUGAGAUCGAUGCUGCUCAGGAACAGCUGAGGUCGCCCAGGAAGGUCCGGGUGGGACUGAUCCAGCACCAUAUUGUGCUGCCCACUGAUGCCCCUAUCCUGGAGCAGGUCACUGCCAUGCACACCCGGAUUGGCGAAAUAGUUGAAGUUGCAGCCAUGUGUGGCGUCAACAUUGUUUGUUUCCAGGAGACUUGGACCAUGCCUUUUGCAUUCUGCACCCGUGAAAAACAUCCAUGGGCAGAAUUUGCAGAGUCUGCUGAAGAAGGAAACACCACGCGGUUCUGCCAGGAGCUGGCCAAGAAGUACAACAUGGUGAUUAUUUCCCCAAUUCUGGAGCGGGAAGAGCUGCACGGAACACUGUGGAACACAGCCAUGGUGAUCUCCAACUCUGGAAAGGUGCUUGGAAAGUCCAGGAAGAACCACAUUCCCAGGAUAGGAGACUUCAACGAGUCUACGUAUUACAUGGAGGGUAACACUGGACACACAGUGUUCCACACACAGUUUGGGAAGAUUGCGGUGAAUAUCUGCUACGGGCGCCAUCACCCUCUCAACUGGUUCAUGUUCAGUGUUAAUGGAGCUGAAAUCAUCUUCAACCCCUCGGCCACCACUGGAUCCCUCAGCGAACCCAUGUGGUCGAUUGAGGCGAGAAAUGCAGCCAUAGCAAACCACUGUUUCACCUGCGCCAUCAAUAGAGUCGGAACCGAGCAUUUUACAAAUGAGUUCACAUCUGGCGAUGGUAAGAAAGCUCAUUACGACUUUGGACACUUCUAUGGAUCCAGCUACGUGGCGGCUCCUGAUGGCAGCAGAACUCCUGGACUCUCCAGAACCCGAGACGGGUUGUUGGUGGUAGAACUGGAUCUCAACCUGAACCGACAAAUCAGUGACAAGUGGAGUUUUAAGAUGACUGGGAGGUAUGCUGAAUAUGCAGAGGAACUUACCAAGGCUUUCAGACACGACUUCAAGCCAAAUAUAGUGAAGGAGUAAUAUUUUAACAAUGCAGUAUUUUGCAUUUCCUGCAGCUCAUUUCACUAUAAAAUGCACCAGACUGCACCAAAAAACAUGUAAGCAACAUGUAUCACAAAUACA